UUUCAGAUAAUUGUGGGUGGUAGUAAUGUUGAAAUCUACACUUAGCCGAACCCGAAACUUCGUUCAUACAGGAUGUGUGAAUUAUCGUCUCGUUAGCGUGAACAAAAACCGAUCUGUUCUUCGUCCUUUUUCAACAGAAUCCGAAAUCUCCAGUAUGAAAUCUGAAGCUGAAAAAUGUGACAUUAUUAAAAACAAUUUCGAUGUUAUUGGAAAUCUAAUGGAAAGCAGUGAAAGGAUACGUAAAAUUUUAAUUAAGUUGACCGAGUUCGAUUUGGCAAAAAUUUAUCUUUCUCAGAUGAGAAACGAGUCGUUUAAAAAGAAUGAAAUUAAGUACAUUACGAAUGAAGACUUGAAAUUGAUGAGGGAAAAAGCUCAGAAGCAUUAUGAAGAUGAAGUUAUUAUACCGCCUCUGCCUAUUGCAAAAGGAACUGAAUCCAAACAAGAGGAGUUCAUUUCAUCAGACGAAGGUUUAGACGUAAUUGACCUCUGCACUUUGACCUUUGUCGACAUCUCAAAAACUUCGCUGACUCAUCCGACUGGAAUGGAUGAACUGAAAGAACAUUCUAGAAGAGUGUGGGAGAGAAGACACAAUGGGGAGCUAUGGCUGAGUGGGCAUGGGAGUGACCAUACAAGAGACAGGGCUGUGAAGAGUGUAUAUAAGAAACUGUAUAGGGAUCCCGCUGGAGUGGACUUGGAAGUCUUUGAGGAAGAAAAAUUUAAUCAGUUAUUAUACGCAGGUAAAUUCAAUUACCUCCUGACUCUGGCCUAUCAGAAUCACCUCAUUGAUGACCCCAAACUCAAAGUCCAUUUGACCUCCAUCUUCAACUUCAUAUGCGAACACUCGCUUUACGCUCAACUCAAAUCAACCAGAUUUUUUCCCGUGUUACUUCUUCACAUUUUGUCAGACAGUGAUUUGACGAAUGGAUAUUUGCAAUUUGUGGUAAACAAAAGAAAUGUGAAAGAGAUUAUUGGCUUGUUUACUUUAAGAAACACAUUGGUUCAAGCGAUAGAUGAAAAUAACAAUGGUAACGAAAUCAAUGAAAGUGAUUUAUUGACGGAAUCCAAAUUUCAUGUUGAGGAAAAUGAAACUGAAUGUACUGCGCUGAAAUUGCUGGAAGAUUAUUGUGAUCAAAUAAGUCCUGCGAAAAGUGGCGAGAAAUUGAAAAGUGAAGUUCUAAACUGGAGCAAUGAAGUUCGAGAAAGAGCAGAGGGUAAUUCUCCUUUCUUAGAUGCGGCUUGAUGAAACUAAUUUUUGUUACCAUAUAGUAAAAAA